CGGGGGGAGAGAGAGAGAGAGAGAGAGGAGUUGUAUGCUUUAAGAAGCUCUAGUUGCCGGCUCAAUAGCCAGAGACUAGAAGCAGCUCUUCUUUCAUCGUUCACAUCCUGCAAAGAGCUAUGAAAUUUUGAAAUUGUGUGCUUGAGAGAUAUCGAGUUCGAUAUGAUGAAGUCCUUUUCUAUUUGCACUUGAAUUUUGUAAAGGAACAAUUUCUAAGGAAGAUUAAACAAUAGCGAGAUGUUUUCGCUGUUUUAUGGUCUCUGGAAAUAUAUGUUUAGUAAGACAGAGUUUCAUGUACUCAUUCUUGGAAUCGACAAGGCUGGGAAAACGACUUUUCUGGAGAAGUUGAAGUCAACAUACUCAAAUCUGGAAGGCCUCCCUCCUGAUCGAAUUGUUCCAACUGUUGGUCUUAAUAUAGGUCGUAUAGAAGUUUCAAAUACAAAACUUGUGUUUUGGGAUCUUGGAGGUCAGCCCGGCCUUCGCUCAAUCUGGGAGAAAUAUUAUGAAGAAGCACAUGCAGUGAUAUAUGUCAUUGAUGCUGCUUGUCCAUCACGUUUUGAAGAUUCAAAAUCUGCAUUGGAAAAAGUUCUACGGAAUGAAGAUUUGCAAGGAGCUCCUGUUUUGAUAUUGGCAAACAAGCAGCAGGAUCUAGAUGAAGCUGUAUCAAGGGAGGAACUGGCUCGAUAUUUGGACCUUAAGAAGUUGGAUGAAAGAGUCUAUAUGUUUGAAGCGGUUUCAGCAUAUGAUGGGCUGGGGAUUAAACAAAGUGUAGAAUGGCUGGUGGAGGUAAUGGAAAGGAGCAAGAGAACCGAAAUGUUGAGAGCUCGAGCAGGUUUAACAGGCCCUCCUGCUUAGAAGAACCAAAUUAAAGCAUAGUUUUAUUCUUUUUUUCUCUGUAACCCUGUAAAUAAAUCAGGUUUAAACUGAUUAAUGAUUAUUACAUGAUUAAAGAUCAAUUUUUGUUUCCUUA